AUGUUCUGUGCCCUCGGAAGCUGCCGAUGUCUGUCAACGUAUAUCGCUGUUGACGCCUACUGUUAUGAGAAAAUCUCACCCUCGGAGUCGGGAUGUUUCUACGACACCCAGUGUUCGUCGGUUUGGCCAGAUGCCUACUGCAAGAACGGCAUGUGUUUGUGCCCAAGCGAAGAGAUGAAGGCGGUCAAGACGAGAGACGGGACGAUGUGCGUUUGGUCCUCAGCUGGCGAACCAGCUUGCCCAUUGCCCAGUUUGCCUCCACCCGACAGUCCAGCAGCCCUGGUAGUACUCCCGGCAACCGGCGCCAAGACGUCAGUGACGAUCGCUAGCUGCAACCCUUACAGCAAUCAAGCCCCACCCACCGAAGAGGAGUUGGUGAUGAACCCGCACAAUUUCAAGUGCUCCCCUGGCGACGAGGCGAUCCCUGUUGACGUUUCGGACAUCUACGACUGCAUCGAUAAUUCAGUGUUCUGGAAAGCGCAGGGUAUUGAGUCGAAUGCUCAUCCGAUCGGCGUUUGUUGUAUGAACAGAGCAUUCACCUGCAUGCAGCCAAGGCGAGGCGAGAGCGAUGGACUCGGCGCCGUUCCAAGGUGGUGGUUCAGCGCGGUCACAGGCUCAUGCCAGCAAUUCCUCUUUGACCCCACCUCGGCCGAUGUUUCACCCAACAACUUUGAGACGUUGGAUCACUGCGAGGCUUUCUGCAAGGAUACGUGUCCUCGCGGUAACCCGUCGUACGCUGCCUCGAAAUCCCAUCUCGGCCAAACGCCGCAAGCCGGAUGCACGAUCGCAGCGCCUUGCCCCGACCCCUAUCAAUGCACUGAAGUCGCCUCCCAAAGCCUAUGUUGUCCUAGUCGAAAAAACAUUUGUUCGGAUGCGGGCGGAAGGCUGAAAGACCCGCUUCGGCCCUAUCCUUACGACCCUGGGAUGCGCUUUGAUCAGAUUACCGGUGAGAAGGCUGACUAUGCAUUUGGGCUAACGACUCGAUAUUACUACAACCCACAUGAUGGCCAAUGCCACCCAUUCACCUACAACGGCUUCCUCGGCAACUUCAACAACUUUGCCAAUCAAGCCGAUUGCCAGCUCUUCUGCGCUAAGCUACAAUGCCCGAAUGGAAAUCCGUUGACUACUGGUGGUGGCGCACCGCAGCGGUGCCAACGUGAUUCCGACUGCCCCUCCACGCACACGUGCAGCACCGAGCACGCUGUGUGCUGCCCCACGCCACAAACCCUCUGCACUGAACCGCUUCGCGUCGGCGACUGCAAGCAGAGCGUCCGCUCUUUCUGGUACAACGCCGAGACGCGCCAGUGCGAAUCAUUCAUGUACACCGGCUGCCAGGGCAACAACAACCGCUUCAGCUCGCUCAACGAUUGCCAGAGUUUCUGCAAGAACAUUAAUGCGGAACCAAAAUGCCCGCAGGGUCGCGCCUACAUGGACUAUUCUGGGCGCUUCUUCCAAUGUGGCGACGGUCCAGCUGGGAACGCCUGCCCGGCCAACUACGAGUGCUACUUUGACGGGCUGGUGCAUGGGUGUUGUCCUAGUAAAGCGUACACCUGCUCGCUGCAGCUGAACAAGGGAGUUGCCUGCGGCUCCGGGUCGUCCUAUAGGUAUUACUACAACAACCAAAUGAAGGAGUGCCAAUCUUUCCUGUUUCUUGGCUGCGAUGGUAACAGCAACAAUUUCCCGAACGCCGAAAAGUGCCAGAGCUACUGCGAGAUUGCGAUUUGCCCCAAUGGUGGGUCGCCGUUGCGGACCAACAGCAAAGUACGAAGCUGUACGGCGGCCGAGCCAUGCCCAUCUGGAUACGAAUGUUCAACGGUUGAGGCUAACGGCGUAACGACAAGGCGAUGCUGCCCAACGAAAGGCUCCAUCUGCGCGAAACCCCCGCAUAUGGGCUCGAUGCCAAAGUGCAGCACCGGAGGUGGUAUCACCAGAUACUACUUCAACGUUGCUCUGCAGUCAUGCUCAUCCUACACCUCCAACGGCUGCGACACUUCCCUCAACUCCUUCUCCACGAUGGCCGAAUGCGACGAUUUCUGUCUUUCGGCCGGAUGCGCUGCCGGGGAUACGGUUUAUAAGGAUCCGAACAGCAACAAGCCGUUCGUCUGCAACACGGCGCUGCAGAACAACUGUCCGUCGAACUAUCAAUGCACGUUGAAUCCGCUUACCUCGGAGAAUAAUUGCUGCGGCUCCGAUGGAAUGGGAGUCUGUCCUGAAGGCGAGAAAGCCUUUAUCGAUGCCAGGAGUAGCGCGGCCCGGCAGUGUGCUAUGAUUGCGGAUACCAAAUGCCCUACCGGCUACCUAUGCCGUUUCUCACAACAACAUAACCGGUAUUACUGCUGCGGUAGCAUCAGUGGAUCCCUGUGCCCAUCUGGGAGAUCUCUCUACCGAUCGCCGAGCACCCAGUCUCCGAUUCAUUGCUCCAUCUCAAGCCAUGGCCACUCGUGUCCCAACGGAUUCCAGUGUCUUUCCGAGGUCCCAGGCGCAUUCCAGGGCUAUUGUUGCAGCCAACAUGCGGUCUGCCCGAACGGCGUGCCCUUCCACGUCGACGACAAGACUCAGAUGCCGACGAGCUGCACGCGCGAUGCAUUCGCCUUUUGCCCAACUGGGUACACCUGCCAACAGCAGCCCGAAACGAACAAUUAUUAUUGCUGCCAAGGGCUCGAAGAAAGCGGCGUUCAAGACGGUUGCCCGCCCAAUCAAUUCGCCUACAUCGUCGAGGGGAAGGCUGCCAGCUGCGACCCGUUCAACCGCGAGAACAACAUCUGCCCCCGCGACUACUCGUGCCAGUGGUCAUCUACCAACCAAAAGUACCAAUGCUGCGGCACCAUUCCCGUGCGCCAGAAGAAGCCUUUCCACAUUGAUGACGGAUGUUCGGCAAGGCAGUUCGCCCUGCUCGACCCUCGCAGCCAACAACCACGCCUCUGCACCGCCGGCGAGGCCAACGCCUGCCCGCCCGGCUUCUUCUGCCAGUUCAGCCCGAAGAAGAACCAGUUCCAGUGCUGCGGCCAGAGUGCGGGUUGUCCCCCGCGACGUGCGGCCUUUAUCGCGAUCGACGGAAAUGCGCAGGAAUGUCUGACAGGCCCGGAUACGUGUGCUGAAGGGUACCAAUGCGUCUCGGGCAGCGAGGGCAAAAAUAUUUGCUGCAGCGAGGAGGGGCACGAAACGUGUUCUCCUGGUGAGCGUUGGGUGGACGGGAAGUGCGUGACGGCCAUCCGGCCCGGCGAGCCCUGCACCGACAGUCAGCAAUGCGUCGGGGGCAGCAGUUGCAUAGACGCGUCCUGCACAUGCCCUCCGGAGCAUGACGUACUCGGUCACGUUUGUGUACCUCGCGAAUGUGCCGGAAAUGAGAUCCGCAUCGACGGGCAGUGCCAGGCUCGCGCCGACAUCGGACAACAGUGCAAAAAUUCGCUACAAUGCACAGGGAACUCGAAAUGCCUGAAAGAGCGGUGUGACUGUGCUGAGGAUGAGGAGAUUGCCAACAACAAAUGUGUGCGCCGGCCGAGCAGCCGGAAAUCUCAGGAAAAAGUUACAUCGACGACGACGACCACUGAGGCGACGACCUCGGAAAAAGAGAAGCCAACUACCACCGAGGACAAGGAGGAGGACGGGGAGAAGCCCGUAAAACCGACAAAGAGCAAGGGACUGUGCCCGAUCAAGGGUCAGAAAGCCUUCUACGAGAAGGGCACCACACGGCUACGCUAUUGCUCCCCGGCGCUGGCCGACUGUCCGAAGGGCUACAAUUGCCAGUACUCGAAGCUCGAGAUGCAAAACAUUUGCUGUGGCGGGCAAACGGAGCAGCCGUCCAAGCACGCUGUGAUGUGCCCGGUGGGAAUGUCGCCAUAUCUGCUGAACGGCAAGCCAAAGUCGUGCCAAACCGGGACAUGCCCAUAUGGGUAUCAGUGCAAAUUUAGCUCGGCCAAGCACGACUACUUUUGCUGCUCGAAGAACGUGAAGGCGAAGCGAACGUUUAUGCGAAGAAAACACGAUGGCUGUGAACGCGGGCGGGCCCUGCUUUUCCCGAACACACAGGAGCCGGUCUCCUGCGAGCCGGCCAAGAAGGGCUGCCCGGUGGGAUACGCUUGUCUGCCGAACAUCUCGAACCAGACGUACCAGUGCUGCUCGAUUGCGAUGAGCAAGGACAACGAGAUGAUGUUCGAGGAGGUGGAAAUCGAAUGUCCCUCGUACAUGACGCGGGUGGAGCGCGAGGUGAACGGCGUGAUCAAGACGUUCUGCGAAAAGCCACCUGCCCAA